CCAAACAAACCAAGUGAACAAGAAAAAGGAGGAGCCAAACGAACCCCUUUCUAUCCCGCUCUGCUACUCAAUUAAUGGCAACAGUAAGCUUACUACAUCACUAGUUCCGUAGCUAACUGCUCCGGCCUUCAAGAGAUCUUUAUUUUCCCAAUUAUAGUAAAGCGAACACCGUCCGUGCAGAACCGCCACCGGUCACUCGUUUCUCUAGGGUUUCCUUUCAAUGGUGGUAAUUAUAAUUGGGGAGUUUAGAUAAAGCAGUGAAGUUUAUGUCUCUAGAUUGGUCCUCUUGCUUAGCUGUUUCUGCUGAUUAGGCAGAUGGCAGAGUUCCAAGGAGAAUCGGGCACUCAGGUCGGUGGAUUUUGGGUUUCUUUGAUUCGGAUUUCGUGUGUGUUUUCGUGUUGAAAUUCGGCGUUUCAUUUCGCUUGAAUUUCAUUUGAAUUAUAACAGUUCAAUGCUUCUUACGCUAAUUCUGGGAACAGUCAUUUCCGUAAGCAUUUAGCUGAAGUGCCUGUACGUGUUUCUCUUAUGCGGGGAAAGAGGACACCUGUGCUUCUGAUGUUUGCAUUGGGCCCUGAACUCGAUUCAGUUCUUUCAUAUAUAUAUAAUUUUUAAUUUUCACCGGGAUUUAUUACAAUUUGUUGUUUGUUUGGUUAUUUUUUAUCUACUAUCCAUAUAACUGCAUACACGUGUGUAUAAACUGGGAUGAUAUGUACUUGGGUACCGGAGGAUGGGGAUGAGGUGGGUUUUGUUACUUUUUGCUGAUUGAGAGCCGUGGACUCUUGUUUUUUGCUGCAGUAAUUUGCGGCGGCUUCGGCGGAAGAGUGAGGUUUUUCUUUGGUGAGGUCAGUAUGUGUAAUCCUUUUAGCUGAUUAUAGGAAGAACGUCAUAUUUGAAUUAUGAUAUCUGCAUGGUGAUUCGUUCUCAAUUUCUCUGCUAUGCUUGGCUUAUUCUAUAUAUAGAGAUUAAAGCCCUGACUUGGCGCUGUUGUGGUGCUUCCUUCUUAGUGCAGCUUCACUAGAGAGAAGUCUGGUUUUUUGGUGAGACCCCAGUUAAUGCUUUGCGAGAGUUGAUAGGAUUUAAGUGCAUAUUGAAAGGUGGAUGAAUUUCAUGGUUAAAUUCAAGGUUUUUCCCAAGUUUGAGGAGGGAGAUUGUAAGGGGGAGAGGGUUGAUUCGAUUUGGUAUUUGUUGAUAAAACUCUAGCGACUGUUUUCUGGGGUGCCAAAGUUAGUUGUUUGAUUUGAACAACAAUGGAUUGCCCCUUUUCGUCUAAAUAAAAGGGGAUUAGUUAUUGGACUUCUCCAAGAGCGCAGAUGGAGGGUUGGGUAUUGACGGAUGGUAGCAUUAAAAAUUCCAUUUCGGAAGAUCCACUUAUCAACAUAUCAGAACUCAUGAAUUUUGACACUUAUGCUGGAUGGUGCAACAGCCCAUCAGCGCCAGACCAGAUGUCCACCUCCCAUGGGUUAUCAACCAUGCCAUCUGUGCCUUACUCAUCUUUUGAUUCCUUAAAUUUCAGUGCUCAAAAUUCUGCUGCUCUUCCUGAUAGGGCUGGUACAUUUAAUGGAAUGGAGUUUUCUUACAGUUGUGAAGAUAGAUUGGUGGUUCUUCCUGGAGACUCUCAGGUUGGUUGCUCAUUAAAUUCUACCGAUGCAGAUGAUUCAGGUGCUAAGCAAGGUAAUGGUAGUUACGGACAAAGCCUCGCUUCAGAUAAAGCAAUGUGUAUGAUUUCUAGGUCAGUUGGUCGAACCCUUGACGAGAGGAUGCUUAGGGCAUUGUCCUUGUUCAAGGAUUCAUCUGGGGGAGGCAUUUUGGCACAAGUCUGGGUUCCUGUUAAGCUUGGAGAUCAGUUCAUGCUAAGCACUUCUGAUCAACCCUACUUGCUUGAUCAAAUGCUUACUGGUUAUCGUGAAGUGUCUAGGAAAUUUACCUUCUCUGCAGAGAUGAAGGAAGGUUCCUUCCUGGGACUUCCUGGUCGUGUAUUUAGUUCUAGAGUUCCUGAGUGGACUUCCAAUGUCAGUUAUUACAAUAAGGCUGAGUAUUUGCGUGGAAAAUAUGCUGCUGAUCAUGAAGUCCGUGGUUCUCUCGCCUUACCAGUCUUUGAUGUUCCUGACAUGUACUGUUGUGCUGUUCUGGAACUUGUAACUGUGAAAGAAAAACCGAAUUUUGAUUCAGAGAUGGAAAGUGUCUGCAAUGCUCUUGAGGCUGUGAAUUUAAGGACCACUCUUUCUCCUCGGCUUCUUCCCCAGUGCCUCUCAAGGAACCAGAGAGCUGCCUUAGCUGAAAUAGCUAAUGUUUUGCGAGCAGUAUGUCAUGCACAUAGAUUGCCAUUGGCUUUGACAUGGAUUCCCUGCUGUUACUCUGAGAGAGAUGUGGAUGAUAUCAUAAAAGUGCGUGUGAGAGGUGGUAAUACAAAUUCAAAUGGAAGAUGCAUUCUAUGCAUUGAAGAAACAGCUUGUUACGUGAAUCACAAGGACAUGGAAGGAUUUGUGCAUGCAUGUUCUGAAUGUUGUCUUGUGGAGGGGCAAGGUAUUGCUGGAAAGGCUCUUACUUCAAAUCAUCCAUUCUUCUCUGCCGAUGUAAAAGCAUAUGAUAUAAGUGAAUAUUCGCUUGUCCAUCAUGCCCGGAAGUUUGCACUGAAUGCUGCAGUUGCAAUUAGGCUGAGGAGCACCUACACUGGUGAUGAUGAUUACAUUCUAGAGUUUUUUCUGCCUAUCAAUAUGAAAGGGAGUUCUGAACAGCAGCUUUUGUUGAACAACCUCUCGGGAACUUUGCAGAGAAUCUGCAGCAGUUUGAGAAGGGUUUCAGAUGCAGAAUUAAUCAGCACAGAAGGUGCUGAAGCUGGGUUUCAGAAGGGAAUGGAUCCAAACUUCCUGCCAGUGGCUAUGUCUAGAAGGAGCUCUCAAUCGGCUUUGUCAACUAGUGAUUUGAGCUCAGCUGAUAGAAUGCCUUCAAGCAUGACCGAUACAGAAGCCGAUGCAAUGGGAGCUGAUGGUCCUUGUGACCAGGCGAUGACUGGUUAUAGAAAACAGCAGGAGAAAAAGAAAAGUACAGCAGAGAAGAAUGUCAGUUUGAGUGUUCUACAACAGUAUUUUUCUGGUAGCCUCAAGGAUGCUGCAAAAAGCAUUGGUGUUUGUCCCACAACACUGAAAAGGAUAUGCAGGCAACAUGGGAUCUCUAGGUGGCCGUCUCGCAAGAUUAACAAGGUGAAUCGUUCGUUGAGGAAAAUACAGACUGUGCUUGAUUCUGUUCAGGGGGUGGAAGGAGGAUUGAAGUUUGAUCCAGCAACAGGGGGUUUUGUGCCAGCAGGAUCUGUCAUUCAAGACUUUGAUGUACGAAAGAAUCUUAUAUUCUCUGAAAAAAAUUUGUCUGUGAGAAACCCUGAGACCAUGAGCCAGGGAGCCUUUCUGGUACCUUCAGCCCCUUGCCCUGAUGGUGAGAAAUUUAUAGUUAAAUUGGAGGAAGAUGAGUGCUCUAUGGGGGGAAAUCAAGUAGGCCCCGUACAGAGUAUGCUCAUUCCCAAUACUUAUAAGGGGGAAACAGAAAAGUCAGUGACCAUGCCUGUGAUAGAUUGUAGCGAAGACUCCAAGUCAGUGGCUGUGAAUGCACGCUCAUUCGAAGGGUCUAACCUCGGCUCUCAGGCUUGGGCUUUCCAAGAAAAUGUCUCGUCGGCCUCUUUUGUCACAAAAGAAGAUAAAAAUUGGGUUUGCCACUUCGUGUCUGAGAGCUCAAAGUCAUUGGCUGCUGCAGAUGAUAUGGAUACCAGAAUGGAAGCUGAUGAUGGAAAUAUUGAACAUAACCAGCCUAGUUGUUCAAGUAUGACAGAUUCAUCGAAUGGCUCAGGUUCAUUGGUGCAUGCCAGUUCAUCAAGUUAUCUGAGCUUUGAGGAGGGGAAGCAUUCAAAGGUCAAGGUAAACUGUGGAGAGAGCGGAUCCAAAAUCACUGUCAAAGCUAGUUAUAGAGAGGACACAAUUCGAUUCAAGUUUGACCCUUGUGCAGGGUUUUUUCAACUGUACGAGGAAGUAGGGAAGAGGUUCAAAUUGCAAAGUGGAACAUUCCAGCUCAAGUACCUGGAUGACGAGGAGGAGUGGGUGAUGUUGGUAAAUGACUCGGAUUUACAAGAGUGUCUUGAGAUACUGGAUGAUAUCGGGAAACGCAGUGUGAAGUUCCUUGUUCGUGAUUUGCCUUGUCCUAUGGGCAGCUCAGGCAGCAGCAAUUGCUUUCUGGGCACUGGCUCAUAGUAGAUGGAUGUUACAUUAUCAUUGGAGGACUCAAAUCAGUCUACUUCCAAGACUAGUUUGUUGGGUCCGUCCUCGUGAUUUCUACAUGCUCCUCACAGGGGUGUAAAGUGGCGUAAGCUUUUUAUGCAUUUGCACCUGAGUACUUCCUCAAAUUAUGCAAUUCCAGGAAAAAAAAAGGGAGACCUUGUACUGUUUUUAGAGCUACACAGCUACCACCAUUUCGGUAUGAUGGGAUGGUUAAAGAACACAUCUUUAUGUCCUGGCACAAGUUGAUGUUGCAAGAUUACGGAGGAAAGAAGGAAGAUGAUGUGAAACUAUCAAAAUACAUAUGUAGUCAAUAUGUUUGUAUAGGUCUGUGUGUAUAUAUAUAUAUAUAUAUAUAUAGUAUAAGAGGCAGUAGAAAUGCAAGCUUUUUAUAGGUACUGAAGAUUGAGGACUCUGCAUUGACCUUAAUCACAACCUGUAUAUCCAUUUUAUACGAGUCAUUGUUAAAAGUAGAAAAUUUCCUUGCUUGUAGAUGUAAUAAUAGUUGCUGUUUUCCUGACUUGGCAGCUUGUAUGAGAGUUACUGUGAUGUGAUAUGUAUGCAUGGUUGCAUUUGCAUGUCUUGAAUGGAGGCACUUUGGUGAAUGA